GUUUGGUAUUUUAUCCUGUACGAAAAAAAAUAGUGUAGUCAGUUUCGGAAAGAUACAUCCAUCACGAAGUCAGAGUGCGCACGUGCAUAAGGACCUACGUAAGUGUCAUCAAUCAGAUUAUGAGUUAUAGUGACAUGACCGUCGCUCUCUGUUAAUAAUUUAGUAGCAGCAACCGUUUGCUCCAGAUAACAUGUAUAUAUCUUCUAAUACGGAAGGUAAACUUGAACGCACACACCCAAAAUUUAGUCAAGUGAAGUUUAAAGUAAUGCAGGAAUGCUCUACAUAAAUAAUGCUGUUUGUAUUCAGAGUUAUAAUAAUUUAGAUAACAAAUAUAUUAAUUAUUUAUAUCGCAGCAUAGGCAAGCCCGAUGUUUCAUGCAUAUUAAUCACUAUGUGAUGAUGGUUAUGUUUUUAUAAUAAACUUUUUGGCCUAAAAUAUAGAUAGGUGGUCAAUAAUCGUUUACCAGUGCUUAUGGGAAUAUGAAUUAAUCCUAAUGGCUGAGCAGAUGCAUAUAUUAUUUCGUAAAUAUAAAAGUAAGACGUCUCGAAGCUGAUUUCUAACUUCGACUUUAUCUUUGAUGUCGAAGGAUCUUUCAGAAAUCCUCGAAGAUGCAGUUAAUAGUGAUAAAACUUUGCGUUAUAUUUGGACUUCUGGUUUUGACGUUCACGGCAGCAUGCUUACCUCUACUAUUUUUAAUUCCUUUCCUGGGAAAUAACAAUGACUAUAUGCAGUCUUCGACAUCGGGUACAGCUUUGUCGCAAAUUUUAUAUCGAAUAUUCCCGUGCUUCAAAAGAAGAAGAGAAGGAAAACUUUCAACUUCAUCGGACAUUUCAGACGAGAAUGGCAGUGCAGAAAAGGAAAAUCAGUCCAAAGAAGGUCGUGGCAAAAAAACAACCCUAUUUCUGGAUGUUAUGAAUUGUUUCUCUGGCGGCGUGUUUCUCGGGACAAGCUUUCUCGCCCUGAUGCCCGAAAUUAGAGAAAUCUUUGACGAAGUGGGAAUAACAUGGCCUCAGUUUUAUUCUUCCACAACCAACUCUACAAUUUUUGCCGACGAAGAGGAAGAUAGACCUUUGAUGCCGAUAACAGAACUUUUAGUUACUUCUGGUCUUUUCCUCAUAUUGUGUGUAGAGCAAGUAGUCCACUCAAUUACCGAUAGAAAUCAUCACAAAGGUGAUGGAAGUCAUCACCACGAAUCUGAGACUUCUCCCUCCGAAAGAACUAAAGUUGCAGUUAAUGGAAUCAAAGGAAGGGCGGUGGUAAAGGUAACGGUACCAAACGAAGAAAGCGUAGAAACAGAGGCCGUUUUCAUCGACGAUUUGGCGGUGGAUCCUGCGAGUGAGCAACAGGGUCUUACAGAAACUGAAAGUGCAUCGAGCGAGGGCCACGAAGAUCACCACAACGAUUCUAUUGUACGAUCGCUGAUCUUAGUAACCACUCUUUCAAUGCAUUCGUUGUUGGAAGGCCUGGCGAUUGGAUUGCAAAAAACCGCAAGCAGCGCACUAUCUAUUUUUAUUGCGGUUCUUUUCCACAAAUCUCUAAUGGCAUUUAGUAUGGGAAAUAAUUUGAUCCAAGCUGGGCAAUCCGUUAAAAGCAUUUUGAUAGCUGCUGCCGUUUUAGCCAUGACAUCGCCCGUAGGCAUUGCCGUCGGAACUGUCAUGAAAGAGACAAGUAGUGGAACGGAGAUUGUCAACGGCGUCUUACAGGGCAUCGCUACCGGUACUUUUUUGUUCAUCACUUUUUUCGAAGUAUUGUCCAAGGAAUUUGCAAGUCACACAAAUCGCGUAUACAAAACCAUAGCGUUUAUACUUGGAUAUUGUUGUAUUCUAGCCGUCAUGUUUACACAUCACGGGGCAUGAUACGAACAUAACGCGAUUGAGAAUUGGUUCAGUUAAUCUUGAAAAUUAUUUCAAUAUGCUUGAGAACCGAAAGUCAUCUGUUACUAUUCUGUUUGUUAUAUGCUGUAAAUGAAUAGCGUUUUGGAAUUGUUGUGUAGUCGGGUUUGUCGAUAAUUAAUGUCAAUUUUGUUUUAACUUUUAUAACUCUUCGCGGGAAUUGCAUCAAACCACUUAGCUUUCUCAUCCAUAAAUAAUAUACGUGAACGCAGUCCAGAUAAUAUUGUUCACGAGAAUGAAGUAAAUUUAAAGUUAUCGAAAUAAAUGGUAUUCAUUUACAUAGAUAACAUGCAAUGGUUGGAUUUUUCCACGAGAAACAUUUAAUGCUUUGUUGUGCUACAUGUUAUGUUAAUUAAUACAUAUAUGCACCAAUUUAUGAGCUUUGAAUAGGACCAGACACUGUUGGAAUAUGUAAUGAACAUAGCUACUUUUCGUACAUGGUAAUAAAUGUGUGUUUGUAAAUCUUUUGAUAUAGGUCAUUUGCGUAUGGUAUAUAUAUAUAUUUAAUUUUGUCAUAUCUACAUAUUUCAAUAUACGAUAUUCUUGCACCUCAAUCAUGUUAUCAGUUUGAUUUCGAUAUCGGGAAAUAAUUCCUGACUAUCUUUUCGAAGCACCAUGGAAAUCUUGUUUUUGAUUAUUUUACAAUUCUUCUUCGCAUAACAAAUUCAAAAUUCAUCGGCCAUUUUGCUCUCAGGUUCUAAAAUCUGCCAUUUUGCUACUGAAUGAACUUCAGUUAUGUGGCUCGUACAGGCAAAGUGAAAACCAUUAUACUUUUAUCGAGUUCAUGUGUUUAAGUCUGGGGGCACAACAAUUUUCAGUAAAGUAUAAAAUGUUUGGUUCUGUCGUCAAGAUGACAUAUCUUUCAAGUUCUUAGAAAUGCGGUUUUAAACUGGAUCACCCUUUAGAAUGUUUAGAUUUUUGGGCGCCGCCUUUCCCCCACUUCAUACACACUCUGUUGGAUUGUACUACUGAUUGUCGUAAUGUGAGCAUUCAUGGAAUCAUGUUCAUUUGAUUCUUAGACGCAAUUUUAUAUUAUUGUUUGGUUUUUGUCUUUUUGUAUACUCAUUAGGGUUUUCCUCGUUAACUCCGUAUUAAUAAUUAAUGCUUCAAUGUAUCUUAAAAUGUUCAUAAAUAUUUACACAAUAAUAAAUUUGGAUCAAUAAUA